AUGUCAGGAAGCCAACUGUGGGCUGCCGCCGUCCUGCUGCUACUCCUGCAGAGUGCACAGGGUGUCGACAUCAAGCACAAUGGCUUCCAAGUCCAGCUAGAAUCUGUGAGGAAGCUGAGUGAGCUGGAAGAGAAGCAGAUGUCCAAUCCCCAGCUGCGGAAAAGUGGCCUCCUCCCUGACGUGUGCCAUAACCCAGCCUUGCCCCUGGACCUCCAGCCUGUCUGUGCCUCCCAGGAAGCUGCCAGCACCUUCAAGGCCUUGAGGACCAUCGCCUCCACUGACGAAUGUGAGCUGUGUAUAAAUAUUGCCUGUACGGGCUGCUGAUGAAAUGACUCUGGGUAUCUUAAGCCCACUCCGGACACCUCCCCCACAGCCCAGCAAAUCCAUACGUAGGCGUCAUUGACGUAAUCGCCAUCCUCCCGGCAU